AUUCUUACAGGCAUGCGGCAUCCUUCAACCACCAGAUCUUCCUGAAAAGAAAAUUAGAGUUGCGAUUAUAAGUUCAAAUAAAUAGGGCACAAUAAAAAUUUAAAAGAAUUAAUAAAAACGAGCAAAACUCACAGUUUUUAUCGAUGAAUCAUUAUUUUCCGCCAUUUUGUUUGUGUGUUUUCUCUCAAAAUUACUCCACUGCCGACGGCUUGUCCAAAAAAAUUUUCUUGUCCAACUCCAAGAAAGAAGCACAGAUAAAGUAAAAUGAGUGCAGGAGAAAAGAAGGAAUCACCAGAUGCUAUGAAUCUAGAGGAGAGAAUCCUGGAACUAUGUAAAGGAGAAUCAGAUGGUAUUCGAGAUUCGGCUAUUCAGAAGCAACUUCCAAACAUUGAUGCUCAACAGAGAGUAUCGGCUGUCAACAGACUUCUUUCAUCAGGUAAAAUAGACUUGGUGAAGACAAGCACUGAAUUGCUGUACCGUUUGAAGGAUCCUGGUGUUGUAAGUAAAAUCAAAGGAGCUGAUAAUCAGGAACGUCUUGUAUAUCAGAUCAUCGAGCAAUCAGGCAACAAGGGAAUAUGGACACGAGAUAUCCGAUUAAAGAGCAAUCUACAACUAACUCAACUCAACAAGAUUCUGAAGAAUUUAGAGAGUAGGAAACUCAUCAAGGCUGUCAAGUCUGUUGGGGCAGCAAGGAAAAAGGCAUACAUGCUCUUUAAUCUGACCCCUGACCCCUCAGUGACCGGCGGAACAUGGUAUAGUGAUCAGGAGUUCGAGUCAGAAUUUGUAGAAGUCCUGAACCAACAGUGCUUCAAGUUUCUUCAACAAAAGGUUGAAAGUGUUUCAGCCCUACACCUUGAUCCAUUACUGAAAAGGAAUAGAUCAUACGUUACACCAGAAGAGGUCUGGAAAUUCAUCACCGAGCUUCGGAUCAGCAAGGUUGAUUUAUCGGUGGAUGACAUCACUACCAUUCUAAACACACUCAUCUAUGACGGCAAGGUUGAGAUGACAAUCAACGCUGGACCGGGAACAUCAUCAUCGGAUUCGUCGUCAAAGCUCUAUCGUGCCAUACAACCUUUGACCCCACCCACAGGGCUCAUGAGGUCACCAUGUGGUGUCUGUCCAGUGUUCAAUCAGUGCUACGAAGGAGGAGCCAUUUCACCAGCAACCUGUAUAUACAUGAAAGAAUGGAUGGACUACUGAUGAAUACUUUCAUCAUUCUUUUGAAGAAUGACAGCACUCAUCAUCUUGAAAUGGAGAACCAACGUAUGCAGGUUGCAUUUCAUCCAUUGACUUAGCAUGGCAAUGUGUGAUUGGUUAAACAUUUAUUUAGAUGGUCCAAGUGACUCCACCCAUAGACUUUGAGAACCGGCUGGCUUCUGUAUGAAGACGAUGAGAUGAAAAGUAAUCAGUAGUCAAUGGAUUAUGGCUGCCUCGCAUCGUCUGUAUCUGUAUGGGUUGAUGGGGGUGCUCUGCAAAGAGGUGAAAAGGUCACAACGUUACCCAUCUUUGUCAGAUGUCACCACAAACAUCUGGACGACCCUCUCUGCUUGAAUGGACAUGCAGAGGUGCUUACCUCGCAACAGAUUUUGUAAGGGGUGGAAAAGUUUGUGCUUGCCCCAGUUGCUGCAUUUUGUGGAUGUGUCAAUGAUACUUGAUCACUGUGACGUGUGUGUGCCCGAGAGUAUGACCCACAUGUUAAUUGCAGUGAUUCUAUCUAUAUAAUGGUCUGGUGAAAAAAGAUCAUGUAUGAGUUACAUGUAUCACUACUAUUAUUCAGAUGAAAAAAUAUUUGUCUAUUCCAUUUUAUUUUUGUGAAUUAGAUCAAUACUAUGUUUUCAAUUUACUGUUAACCUUCAAUGAACCAAAAAAGAACAUGUUUUUGUUAGGUCCAUAUGAUUACAAAGAUUUUUUUCAACAAGAUGGAGGGAAUAAAAUUAUUGCAUUAUGUUUCCUGUAAUAAAUGAUCUAUUGCUUUUGGGUGCUUCUGCUACAUUUGAAAUUUCAGUCUUAAUUGUCCUCUUCAUGAAAUAUUUUGAAAUUUAAGUGUAAUUGCUGGUAGGCAAACAAAAUUGUGAUUUUAUUAGUCAUCAAUUUGAUGUUUCUAAGCUCUAUUGUUACUUCUUGAAACGUCACAUUUUUUGUUCUCUUGCUUUUGAGUAUUGCUCUAUUGAGUGUCUUGUAAACUCCGUUUAAUGAUAUCAUGUCAUCUCUGUAUGCAAAUUGAAAAAAAUAUAAUUUAGUGUUUGAAACAAUCUGUGAAAUAGAUUGCCCGGUGAGUGAAGAUAAUUAGACUAUGAAAACGCUAAUUGUUUUGGUUCAUGAAUACAUGUUUAAUUAUGAUUUAUGGAAAUUGAUCCGUGUGGUGUUUAUUUUCCAGAAUUUUUAGAAAUGUCUUAUUAUGCCAGAGUAUGGUCACCAAUAAAGAGAGUAUGACCAAACAUGGGGGGGGGGGGGGAAGACACAUGAGGACUUGGGGCAAUUUUUUCCCUCAAAUGCUCAAAAAAUGCAUAAAAAAUAAACGCCUUGGAAAAUCCCUAUCCACUAAAAUGUUAAAACUUAUCCAAUGUUGCAGAUUUAGGCAGUAGGUUGUGAACAUUAGUAUAUCCUCUGAGAAUGAAAAGUUAUUGUUUUGCCUGGGCAGUACCAGGGUGUUUUGAAAAGGGUGGGGAGGGGGGGGGAAGGAGGAGUGGAAUUUGAAUGCAAUUUCUUUUUCAAUUGAAUAUCAGUAAAAUAAAUAAUGGCAUUGGAACAUUUUUUUGAUACUCCUCUUUCUUCCUUAUUCUUUUCAUUUCUUUUUUAAAAUCUUCUUUGUUUCAAUAAAUUGAAAGAAAUCAUAGUGGAGCAGUUGUCUUUUUACACCCCCAGUACCACUGCCCCUGUGGCCAAAGCAGAUCAACUUUGGGGAUGCUAUAUUGGACAAGAUCAGAAUAAAAACAGAGAGUAAUUGUGCUUACCAAAUGUGAUUAGCAUUGUUUGUUCUUGACAGGACUCAAGUUCUGAACAGUCCUAAUGUAAAAAGUUGCUGUAGAAAAGAAUUUUUUGAGCAGUCUUAAACAUGUUGAGCAAAUAGCGAUGCAAUACCAGGAAAAUUAUUCCGUGGAAAGAUACAUAGAUUUGAGUGCUAACUGAAACUUUGUUGGACAUGUUCUCUUUGAAUCGAUUGUUGUGUUUGAUUUUUCAUGUAUAGUGCCCUCCAGUGCUCACACUUUACCAAUAAGCAAUGUCCCACAAUGCAACAGAGUUACAGAGGUAUGAAAAUCCUUGAUUGUUGGGGAAACCCUUUUGAAAACACUAACAGCAUGUUUUGAGUAUCCACUCCCCACCCCCCUCCCCCCAAAAAAAAGAGGAAGAAAACACAUGUCCUCAACAUCUUCCUGAAUUAUAUAGAUUGAUUACUUCUAUUGAAUGGUUUGUGAUAUCAAUAAAUCCUUCUCGGAAGGUGAUUAUUGAUGGUAGUUACUCUGAAUGCAUUAUUAUCUGAAGAGGAGAAAUUAAAAGAUAAUGUUAUUCAAAAUAAAAGAACAAUUGUUAUGAUAUCAAUAAACUUUACAGGGGAGGGUGUUGGGGGGGGGGGUGAUAAAGCCCUUGCCAUAAAACUCUAUUCCAUUUUGACAUAGCUGGUGUUGCAUGAUGUAAAAUGUGGUAAAACACCAAAGAAUGCAGAAUCUGUUUAAAAUGAGAACCUAUUUCUCAAAAACAACAUGUCAUGCUUAAAAAAUCCCUCUUUUAGCAACAAUGCUGAAUAUAAGACUGGAAAGCAUCUCCUUUUCUUACAAAAUGCUGUUAGACUGGAAAGGUUCCCCCUAUCAUGCCAAUGUGGUCAAUGGAUUUUGACAGAUUUCAAAUCUUUGUUGCUUUUUAUAUAUACAUUUGAAUCACUUCUGCUGGGGGCAAGUGAUGGCAACCCCUUUCACUGAUUAAUGGAUGUAAUGAAAUUAGGAAUAUCGUUUAUUGAUGCUAUAUUACCCCUUUAAUUCGAUUUAUAAAAAUUUGUUUUGCCCCCCCCCCGUAUUACAAAAAUGUAUUCCAUAGCCUUAGAUUCAAUAUCUUAUACAUUUAUUGUUUGUUGAGAAUUUGAUAACUCAUAAAUUCAAGUAGAAUCGUAAUUUUAUUCAAAUGUCUUGGGCUUUUCAGCAAAGCUAUGCCAAAUACUUGUGUCCAACACCAUUGCAGAUAACUUUACAAUGCAGAAGAAAAAGGAAAUAAAGUAUUUAUUUUAUGAUAAUGACGUUAUAUUACCCCUUUAAAUCGAUUUAAAACAAAUGACAUCACCUUCAAUUUGUUUUGCCCCCCUCCCCCCUUGUAUUACAAAAAUGUAUUCCAUACCCUUAGAUUCAAUGUCUUAUACAUCAUUUAUUAUUUGUUUGAUUAUUUGAUUACUCAUGAAAUUAAGUAGAAUCAUAAUUUUAUUCAAAUGUCUUGGGCUUUUCAGCAAAGCUAUGCCAAAUACUUGUGUCCAACACUGUACACAUUGCAGACAACUUGAAAAUGAAGAAGAAGAAGGAAAUAAAGUAUUUAUUUUAUUAAAAGACUUAUUAUAUAUAUUUCUGU